GCACGCACGGUUCAGUUGUUGGACGCAGUGAGAGCUGAUGACUUGGACGGGGAUGUGUGUUUUUGAGAGGCUUUUUAACAUGUGAUAAGAAGAAACUAAGGGAGUACCUUUAUUGUUUUCACCAAGGAACAACAGGAACAACAGUUUCGACCGAGGACAACAGUCGGUGGCACGAAAGAAGUUGGGGAAGUUGCUCCAGAGGCCAGAGUGCCAUGCCAGAGGGGUCCCAUUCUGUUCUCCACCAGGGCCCAAUGGGGGAAGAAUCUCCUCAGUUGUCCUCGCCCCUCUCCAAUGGUGAACAUGACCGACGACACACUGACUUGGGCCCGGACUGCUACAGCCAGCUAUGUGAUGAGCCGCUGGACAGAGAGGGCGAGCGUCCAGUGAGCCUGGUGUCCACCCUGUCCUCCGGUUCAUCCCGAGAUAGUCGCAGCCUUUUUGGAAGCACCGUAGCCCUUCCUUCCUCCACCACUCCACCCGCACAGAACGAGGAAGACAUAGACUUGGAGCUGAGCCCAGCUGGAAACGCCGGAGACCAGGCCGGGGACCAGAGUCCCACCUUCAACAGCCCCAGGGACCGCUGGCAGGAACAGCUUGAGUCCAGGGUGAUCAGCAACCAGUGGAACAACAACAACGCCACCUCUGACAGGAAGGCAAGAGGUGAAAUACCUCACGUCCUCGCCUCGCCGGUCAUUACCAGCGCCAUGGCUCCUAACCCAAAGCUGACCUAUGUAGACCGUGUUGUCAUGGAGAUCAUCGAGACAGAGCGCAUGUACGUCAAAGACCUGCGCAGCAUCGUGGAGGACUACUUGGCUCACAUUAUCGAUAUGAACAACCUCCCCAUCCGGCCAGAGCAAGUGUGUGCGCUGUUUGGAAACAUAGAGGACAUCUAUGAGUUCAACAGUGAGCUGCUUCAGUCAUUAGACAUGUGUGAGAACGAUCCUGUGGCUAUCGCUCGAUGCUUUGUAGUUAAGAGUGAAUACUUUGAAAUAUACACUCAGUAUUGCACCAACUAUCCCAACUCUGUGGCAGCUCUGACCGACUGCAUGAGGAGUAAAACUUUGGCCAAGUUCUUCCGGGAUCGGCAGGCUGCUCUGAAGCGCUCCCUCCCUUUGGGCUCCUAUCUGCUGAAGCCUGUGCAGAGGAUCCUGAAGUAUCACCUGCUGCUACAGGAAAUUGCAAAGCACUUCGAUUCAGAUGAGGAGGGCUAUGAGGUUGUUCAAGAGGCCAUAGACACCAUGACUGGAGUGGCGUGGUACAUCAACGAUAUGAAGAGGAAACAUGAGCAUGCUGUCAGAGUGCAGGAGAUACAGUCUCUUCUGAUCAACUGGAAGGGGCCUGACCUGACCACCUAUGGCGAGCUGGUGCUGGAGGGCACCUUUCAUGUUCUACGGGCAAAGAACACCCGCACACUCUUCCUCUUUGAAAGGAUGCUCCUCAUUACCAAGAAAAGAGGGGAGCACUACGUCUACAAAACUCACAUCUCAUGCUCCACUCUGAUGCUAUUGGACAGCGCUAAGGAUCCCCUGCUUUUCAGCGUCAUUCACUUCAAGCAUCCCAAGCAACCCCAUACAGUGCAGGCCAAGUCGGUAGAAGAGAAGCGUAUCUGGGCCCAUCACAUUAAGAGGCUCAUACUUGAGAACCACAACACCAUUGUUCCCCAGAAGGCAAAAGAAGCCAUCCUGGAUAAUUCCAACUAUCCAGGGAUGUACCACUACAGCCCCGAGAGGCUGAAGAAAGCCGAGUACUGCAGAGCUGAUGACUUCCACCUUGGAGGGCGAAAUGGAAGAAGGAGAUCAGAGCCAGCAAAACAAAUCAUAAGGACCUCAAAAGCUGUUUUGAAGCAUGCAGACAGUGAGGGUGCACUGCUGGGGGAGAGGUGCUCCCUCCAGCCAGCUACUAGUGUCAGUACACUGGCAUCCAGCUUAGACGAGCCCCAGGCUGAGAGCCCAUGUGAGGAGGAUCUAAUUCCCAGAGGAGACUCUCUGGAGCAACUAAGACUCACUGGCAGCGAACCUAAACUGGGCUCUUCACCCAGUAAGGGGGAGCUUGAGCAGGAGAGGGCAAAGGAGGCAAAUGAAGACGAGGAGGAGGAAGAGGGGGAGAGUUACAAGGAAGACAUACUGAUGGGAGACGACCAGGUAGCCGACUUUGCCAGCUCAGUGCUGGCAGCCAUCUCCUGCUGGCACUAUAGAGCCAGGGCUUUGCUUUCUACUCACUUCACAACGGAUGAUCAGAACAAAGAGCAGGCUGAAGAAAAAUCUCCACAUAGAGAGGAGGUAGAAACUCACAGGGGAGAGGACAUGGCUGUGAAAGAAACUAUUGAUACACAGGUCAAUGUGGAGGAGCUGUAUCCUCUGAACUGUGUCCUGCAUGUAAAGGAGGGAAAUCAGACCGAGGUGCAGCAGUCCCAGUGCCCAGAGUCUCCUGUACCCCCUUCACAACAAGAAGCAGUCUCACCAGACCCUCAGGACACCUCAAGAGAAAGCAUAGAGGAGGAAGAGGAAAGCGAGAGUAAUUCUUCUGGUCUCGUCAUAGAGGAAACAAGUGUGCUGACAAACGGGGAGCUCUCAGAGGAGGAAGAGGAGGUGCUCUCAGACAACAAAAGCAUCCUACCUUCCUCUGUUCUGGACCAGGCAAGUGUGAUAGCCGAGCACUUCAUCCACAGCCUGUCCAGGCGGAGCAGUCUAGUCUCAGAGGACCUGGGUCCCCUCGCCUGCCCCUCACCCUCAAUAGAAAAUGAUGUCUUUAAAAGUCCCUCAGCCUGCAUGGACUUGGAAAAUCAAACCCAAAUGUUUGCCAGCUCUUCCUCAGAGCCAAAGGAGACCUCAGAGGAUGAUCUGUCCAUACCUGCACAGGAACCUGCUCUGAAUGCCCUCGCCGACCAGGAAAGCAGGUCCACUCUCUCAAAGCAAGACCGCCUCCUCAUCCACAAGAUCAGGAGGUACUACGAGCAUGCUGAGGACCAAGACGCCAACUUUAGCAUCAAGCGCAGGGAAAGUCUCUCCUAUAUCCCUGCAGGUCUGGUUCGGCACCUGAGUCGACAGCUCAACAGUACUCCCCAUGUGCAGGCUGUCCCAGUCCACAAGAGAGACCUCUCCCGGAACCGCCCAACCUCCUGGUCUGUGUUUGACCUCCCCGGCUUAGAAAAGAGUAAAAACGCUGACUGUAAUAAAGACAAUGAACCUCAGCGACCACACGAAGCCAAGAUGAGAUCUCAGAGCAUCACAAUUUCCUCUCCCACAGAAGAAGAAGAGUUCAGACCCUCAUCAGACAUGUUGAAGGUUUGGCAAGAAAUGGAAACAAAGGAGGAGGACCAGGAAGUGCAGCAGGCUUCAGAUGAGAAAGUGAAUGACUCAAGAUUAGAAGCAACACCAGAAAUCAGCUUAGACACUUCUGAUGUUUCAGACAGAAAGCCACCACCUCAGAUUUUAGAAGAGUCUGAAAUCAGCACCGCCUCAGACUGCUCCUCCAUCUCAUCUCCCAUCAGAACUGUUCCAGCAGUGGAGGAGGGAUCCUGUCAGGACUCUGAGACUCCAACAACUGAGGAAAAGAGCCAAGGCCACCUGCCUAAGAUUAUUAACUUCAGAAACAGUAUGGAGGAAGACCAGAUCCUACAAGACAUGGGGAAGAUGAAAAACAAGGUGUUCCAGCUGGCUCGUCAGUACAGUCAGCGCAUUAAGAAUAACAGACCGUUGAUCUGGCAGAGGAGCCGAGAACAACAGAGCUUAAAGAGGACGCCUGCUGUCCUUGAGGAGAAGAUGCUAUCAAGGAGGAAAGGUAAACCCAGCAUGAGAUUGCCAUUGAACACUUGCGACCAGGCAGUCAUCCAUGAGGAGCGCUCUCCAAGCCCAGUCAAGACCCCCAGUACUGGAGCCGGCUCACAGAGCACAGUCACAGACCCACAGAGCCCACAGACAGACCCUUUCCACUGGCCUGACGUUCAGGAGCUGCGAACCAAAUACACAGAGACCCCCCAUUCCAAAAUAACCCGCUGCUGCACCGUCCCAAAUGGGAUGCUGGAGUUCUGUGCAAACAGGAGUAAGUGCAGCAGCUCCUCCGACCUUCACAAAGCUCUGAAAGACUGUACAAGAACACAGCCUGACACUGUUAACAAAGAAGGGAGUCCUGUGGUAGAGGACUGGCCUCGGACUCAACACAAGUCUCAGCCUCAGCUCCAGCCCCUGCUGUGCAGGUGGAGCUCCCUUGACCACAUGAUACCUCUGCAUGAGGUUCAGAACCUUCAGGAACCUGCGAGGAGCUGCUGCACAACCAGCCAGGUGUCCCUGAUCACAAGAGAAACUGACAACCCUCUCCAGGACUCCGACUGUGCCACAAAGUCAAAGAUCACAGAGAGCAAUCUUGUGAAAAGCUUACGAGAGAAGUUCCAGAGUUUAAGCACAGGCUCCUGAAAACAUGAAACAAACAUUACUAAUGUCAGGAACUAUCGCAUGGAAAGAUUAUUCACCAGUAACCCGAUGCUUCUUCCCUUAUUCCUGUUCUCCCCCGAAAACAGAAUGCAACUUGUUUCAGCAUGGUAUUAAAGACACGGUGAUGUUUGUAAGUGUUACACAAAAGGGAUGUUAUUGAUCACUGUUGGGAAAGCAUGAUUUUUGUAAAAGGUGUAUUGCAAUAUUUGUACAUUUGGUAUUUCACUAACCUGUUUGUAAAAAAAAAAGGAUGUAUAUAGUUCUGAUCUGAAGAUUAGGUUCUCUAGAAUAAUAUGCACCUUUGUGGAUCCCUGCCAGUGUUGGUGAUUCCUGACAUAAUCACUAUAACACUAUUGUCAUUUAACCAUAUACUGUAAGAUGGAGUUUCAGGGAGACGCAAGAGAAAGUUACAGUCUCACCGACGACACCAAAGAGGGUUUCCUUUUAAUAUUUGUUGACUUUUAAUGCAUGUGGUCACAGCUGUAAUCUGCUUCCACGUACACUGUAGCUGCUUCUGAAACUGUUUUCACAUACUGUAUCACUGGAGCUUUAUUUUUCUUCAACAAGUUGUAUAUUUGCCUGAACAUUAUUUAUGAAAGUGUAUAUUUGGGAGAGAUUAGCCUCAUGUAAAUAAUUACCAGAAACAGCCCUCUUUACUUUUUCAUACUUGAAGUUUCCAUUAUUUUCAAUAAAAGAAGAAAUGGUUAAGUGUCCACGUGUACUCUUUCCUGACCCAGCCAUGCAUAUCUAUGAAGAAUAACCAUCUCCUCCUUCUGAGUUAGGCUAAUCUAGUUAUAGCAUCCACACCUAUAUUUGACUGGCUGAAUUGAAUAAAGACUGUUUCCAUAUCUGUAUUAUA